GAUCUAUCAUGAUUAACUACGCAACAAUCCAUGUGUGUGGUGUUUUUCCAUUCACUUGAUUUGCCGGAAAAAUUGUUGGUGUUGAGCUUUUCAGGAAAGAAGGGCACGUAUCUGUUCAAGGAAGUUGGAUUUAUGUUGUAUAAGAGAUACUCAUUUUCGAUAUCAAUCUGCAGACAGGAUGACAUCAACGAUGUGGAGGUCGGCACUGCGAACGUUUACCAAAAAGAUUAUCCACACCAACAGUGUGAGGGCACCCCAGAUCCGGUUCCUUUCAGGGUCUUCUGCUUUUUGUCAGUCCUACAUGUACUCCCCGAUCGGUAGUCUAGACCAACCUAGAAUUCUUAUUACAGGGGGUCUUGGUCAGCUCGGUCAGGGGUUAGCGAAGGUGCUGAGAAAGAGAUACGGUCGAGACAAUGUUAUUCUGACGGACAUCGUUAAACCUCCCAGGCACAUUGUGGAUGCAGGUCCAUAUGCUUUUGUUGAUGUACUGGAUUUUAGGAAUCUCCAAGAGAUAAUCGUCAAUGAGAGCAUCGACUGGAUGGUUCAUUUUAGUGCAGUCCUAAGUGCUGUUGGUGAACAGAAUGUUCCAUUAGCCAUCAAAGUCAACAUCCAAGGCCUUCACAACGUGAUGGAGCUUGCCAAGAUGUAUGAACUCCGCAUCUUCUGUCCCAGCACCAUCGGUGCCUUCGGGCCGGAGUCGCCCCGUGAGUUGACCCCUGACCUGACCAUUCAGAGGCCCAGGACAAUCUACGGGGUGGCAAAGGUCCAUGCAGAACUCUUAGGAGAGUAUUACCAUCAUAAGUUUGGUGUAGACUUCAGAUCUCUGAGGUUACCAGGGGUCAUCUCUGGGGACACCGCCCCAGGAGGGGGUACGACAGAUUAUGCUGUGUCCAUAUUUGACCAUGCUCUUCAGUCCGGCCACUUUGACUGUUACCUGCGUUCAGACACCGUGCUCCCCAUGAUUUACAUCAAGGAUUGUCUCCGAGCCAUCGUUGAGAUGCUGGAAGCUCCGGAGGAGUUGCUAAGGUUACGGACCUACAACAUCAAUGCCAUCAGCUUCAAUCCGGAGGAGAUAGCGGAAGCCAUCAGGAAAUACAUCCCAGAGUUCACAGUGGACUAUAGACCAGAUGACAGACAGAGUAUUGCGGACUCAUGGCCCAAACGCCUUGACGACACCCAGGCAAGGCAGGAUUGGAACUGGACCCACAGAUACGACAUGGAUGCCUUAAUCCAGGUCAUGUUAGAGGUCGUCAGCAAGCGUCUUGGGAUCUCGACAUCGACGACCACCACAACGAAAGCUACUGGAGUGCAGUGAUUUAAAUUGAAAUAUUUAUUCACUUCUUUGGUGAGAAGUCUUCUGCAUAAAGUAUUUUAAAAAGUUUUGCAGAUAUAUAAUGACUUUUCAUCGUUUAAUACAAAGCAACUGGGACUUGCCACUAAUGUAAUGACUAUGAUGACUGCCGCAGUGGAAAUCAAGUACAUGUAUGUGCAGAAGAUCGAGGAGUUCGUCAUAUGUGAAUAAUAUGAAGAAGUAUAUUUUUACAUGGUAGAAAUCAAAGGAGAAAUGAAAGUUGUGCACUUAUUGCUCUUUCUUUUUAUACACUUCUGUACAGAAUAUUGUAAUAUAAUAUUUAACAGGGUGAAUAGGUGUAAUCAGAAUUAUAGUUCAUCUACCGUCAGUGGUGUCAAGACCAGGUGGAUGUUUUAGAAAGCUGUUUGUAAGUUAAGAGCGGCUUUAAGAAUGACUGGUGAACCUAUCUUACGCGCUAAAUAAUCAGCAAUGAACAUUUAAUGGUGAAUAUGAUUUACCACAAGAAAGGAUCACCAGUCGUUCUUAAAGUCACUCUUAAUCUUAUGAACAGCUUUAUGAAACGGCCCCCAGUCCUUGGAGAGUUUCAGCAGACAGAUUGUUUUAGACAAAACAAAUACAAUAAAUUAAACUUAUAUUUUGUAGCUAUAAUAUGAUUGUGAGUGAAUUCAAUUUAUCAUGAUAGUUCAAUAUCUAAGGGAUUGAAGGAGGAUCUUAAGGCCUCUGAAAUUUUGUGUGAUUAUCGACAAUUAACAGUCUAGUUCAAUUAUUUAAACAAAUUAUUGAAAAUUGACUCAUCAAUCUUGGCCUCUUCGGACAGUUGGUGAUGACAUGAUUACUAAAGAGAUGCCACGACCGCACUAUGGUCUAGAUUUUGGUAGCUGUAAGAAAUGAUUUCAAUGGAAAGUCUUUGAAAUCAAUGCUGUAUAUAUUGUCAUAGAUAGAUCUAGUAAGUUAUAAUAUAGUUUACGUAGAGCAAUGUAUUGAAAUAUGUAAUCUAGGCUGAAAACGGAGAAUGCUGAAAAUUGUCAGUUGGUGGUCAAGUGUACAAUUAUUUAUUAAAAAAUACAGUGUCUGUAGAUAUGUCAUGCUUACAGGUAUUUCUAUUCAUUUCAUGGAAUCAUUUGGCACAGAAUUUUAGGAAUACCUGGAUAGCAAUAUUGAAAAAUUCUGUUCCAACUCCUUUUGAGUUUAAAAUGCACCUGAUUGUUUUUGUUGAUACAGUAUUCAACAUUUAUAAUUGAUACCACCAAUUUGUUUUGUUUGAAUUGUAGACAUGUUUUACAGGUACACCUUGUUUCUUGUUUGCAUAGUUUGUUUUCAUAGGUUUGCAUCUGUGGGGAAAGUAUUCAUAUCUUCUAUUUAUGCAGGAUUUUUUUUUUGUUUUGUUCUAGUGUGUGCAAUCUGCAAUAUGUCAGCAACAGUGGUCUUUUCAUUUUUAUUUCGACGUUAUGACUUAAUUUCUAGCUCACAAAGUUUGAUAUAGCUGGGAGAUAAUUGGGCUCAAUAAUUACGAGGUUUAUACAAUCUCCGAUUAAUCUCCUGUUAUUAAACAUAAUUAUGCGCUUGUGUAUACAUUUCCAAGGAUUAUUUGUAGUUUUGUGAAGAAUGAUUACCGGAAUGAUUUGAUUCAUCUGUCAUUUAAUUGGUUAAUCAAAAUGAGAAUCUUUAUCCCAUCUUAAACUAUAUUUAUCUUAAAAUGGGGCUAAAUAAAUCUCAUGCUUGACAUUGUUGCACUUGUACUCAUCAAGAGCAGGCACAAGAUUGAACAGAAGAUAAAAUAUAACAAAAAAUAAAGAUGGAAGCUGAAUGGAAGAUUGCAUUUGUUCUUGAUAAUUCCAAGUUGAAAAAUGUCAAGCAUGUAUGUAAUCAGCUCCAUUUUUAGAUUCUGCGAUACCAACUCUUUAUCCACAUUCAUAUUUAUGUGCUCUAAAUUAUUCAGCAUUAGCAUACCUUUAAAAUGCAUCAGAUUUUCACCAUCUCAUCUUAUUUAUAUCUUUUUAAGAUUUAACUUAUUCUUAACUUAUUCAGACACAGGGUAUUCAAUAAUUGAAAGAAAAAUACACAAGAGUCUUUUACCUAGCAGUUGAUGCAAAUAGCUUUGUUAAUCAUUUUCAUCUUUCCAGUACUUUGUAGUAGUAUGGUGUAUAUUUAUAAUCAUCUACGAGUGCUUGUAUGUAGUUGAAAUUGAUUAUUUAUUCUUCAUCCAUUAAUUCACCAGACUACUGACACCGUUUCAUUUAACUUGUUAUCAAUAACAUGCCACAAACUUCUGUUAUAUGCUACUGAAAUCAUGACUUUUGAUUGGCUAAGAUAAUAUUUGUCAAAGAAUUCAUGUUCUUUUAUGAAAGCAACCUUCAUGGAACUGUCUCCUUUCCGUGCACAUCUCAGAGUGUACAUGUAUUUUUAAGCUUUGUCAGAAAGAAGAUGAAAAGGAAUUUGAAAUUAUGCACAUAUAGGGAGGUAUUUCAAGAAGCUUGCAAGUUAAGCUUAGGAUUUGAAAUUAAUUAAAUGUCAAGGAGGCUGUUUCACAAAAAAGUUUGUGACUAAAGUCAUGUUUCAAGUGCCAAUGUGCACAUGAUAUUCAUUAGUUUAUUGAUAUAUGCACUGUAAUGUGCAUCUACUGAGUACGAUCUGAUCAAUACAGUGAUGUUUAAUAUAUGGGAAUGUAGAUGCAAUUAAUAUUCACAUUUAAUUUUUUGUGACACCCACCCCUGUAAUUAGUCACGCGUCAACAUCUUGCAACAGAAAGCAGGGAUGAUUUACUUUGUAGUGAAAGUUGAAUAAUGUAACUUGUUACUUUAGAGUUGAUGUGGUAAUCAAUUGGGAAAAAAAAGAAAAUAUGCAAAGGCCCCUUCUGAGGUAAUUUGUGAAUACACUGUGUUACUAAAAUAUAUCUUAUUAUUCUCAUUGCUGUUUUUUAUGAAUGUGUAUUGUUAUUCCGCAGCUUACAAACUCCUUAACGUUCAGCUGAGACCAUGUGUUCUUUUGAGAGUAGUAUUGAAUAUGUCUUUUUGUAUUAUAGUUAUUAUUUUGUAUCAUUGUUUUUCUUACAUGAUGUCCGUAUACAUGGAAGUAUAUGAAUGUGUUCAUGAUAAAGCUUAUUCAUGUUUCUCAUUAUAUUCGUGCAAACAAAAUGCUAAAUCACACCGAAUUAUUCAAUAAAAACAUUUUUCAUUCUAGGAAUGGUCUUUAAAAAAACAGUGCAUAAUCAGUGGCGUACGUGGGAAACAAGGGGGCAUAUGUGCAGGGCCUCACGUAGCGGUUUGGGGAGGGCACCCCCCAACAAAAAAAUAAAUACAAAUAAAUAAAUGAAAAAAGUAAUAAUGAUAACAAUGGAAAUAGAGGCAACAAAGAUAUAAAACGAGAAGAGGGGAAAAUAUAAAGUUAUGAUGAACUCCAAAACAAGCCAUAUGCAUCAAGUUUUGAAGGAGUCUAAUUUCAGGGGCACAACUUUAGAGCGCUUAUCCAUAGCACUCUAGAUACGCCACUUUAGAAAACUUUAUUUGACAGACUCCACACAUAUUCUAGAAAGGCUGAUGUUGCUUUUAUUUUGUUGAAUAAUUAAAUAUUAUAUUUUGUAUUCAUUUCAUAUAUUAAUGUGAUUUUAGUUUUUGUAAUAAUUGCAGUUGAGAGAAUAGCAGCAUUAUUUGAUUUUCAGAACGGUCAUGGUGCCAGUUUCAUAAAACUUGAUUGUAAUAACAGUUUAAAGCUACUGAAAUUAGUCAAUUUGAUUGGCUGAUAGUACAAAGUCUUUGUGAAACAGGACCCUGGUUUGUGUUCUGUAGAUACUUUACAUUUAAUUUUGAAUAUUGAGUGUGCGGUUUACAUCUUUUGAUAAAUAUGCCUGUAAGUGUGAAAAUGAUUUUAUUAUGUACAUAUGCCCUGACAUAUUAUGUACAUGUAUGUGACAUAAGUGUUUGUCUACUAUUUUUUUUAAAAUCUAUGUGAGGAAAAUGGAUGCUUAUGAUAUCAACAAGUACUUAGUUAAUUAAAAUUCUCACAAUACUGGGACUUUGUUCAAGCCUUUUGUGUUGCAAAAUAGAGUUAUUCAUCAGCAUUUUUGAUCAGCAAUUUUGAUCAUCAGUUUUCAAUUGUUUUGUGUGUGCUUUAAGUUUUACAUACCGGUAUUAACCUAUUUAUUGCCUGAGCACUUUUAUAGUAUCAUGUCACUUAUAUACUGUUUGAAGAAAUAAAAAUGGAAUUUAGUCGCUUAUAUCCUGUCUGAAGAAAUAAAAAUGGAAUUAUAUUUAUUUAAAUGCAAGAUACUUGAUAGGGAUGAUGAUGAUAACAACAAUGAUAAUAAUAGUAACAAGUCAACAUUAUAUGGAACCUUCCCAAUUUUUUUGUCUGCUCCUGUACCCCUCCAAAAGUUAAUUUAUACAUCGAGCAUAUCUGGGCUUCAUAGAUUUCUGCCACCGAUUCAUGACAAUAAGUGUUUUUUUUUGUCUUGCUCAAACAGCAUCACAACAGGUUGGAGUAAUAUGGUAUCACAUAUUAUAUGGAAAAAAAGAACAUUUUUAAAUUGAAAUUUCAAUUUAAAAUUUUAAUAUACAGAUGUACAGCCUUUUUGUUGGUUUAAUCAGAAUAUCGUUUAUUUUGACAUGAGACUGUUUGUAUUAUUUGAAUUUAUUCGUCUAUUUACAGCAUUGUACAUAAUCCAUGCAUGCCGUGUGAGGAGAUAUUUGAUUGCAAGUUUAUUUUGACAAUUCUUUAUUUUUGUAAUAUAGAUAUUUUAUGAUAGUUGGAGAAGGGGAAAGGGGUGGGGGAGGCUUGCUUUCGCUGGAGCCAUAUGCAUUUGUUUUAUAUGUAGGUCUACAGAUCUACAUGUGCCAAGUGUACCUUUGCACAAGUUUAUACAGCAGACUAUGGUUGUUUUGGUGUUUUUUUUUACCCAACACAACACGUGUUGCAUACCUUCCAACUUUUUUCAAAUGAAAAAUCUUACUGAAACAAAGUAAAAAUCUUCUUUUGGGGCAAUUGCUCACAAGAGGAAUACAUAUAGUACUUAAGAAAAUCUUACCUCUGCUUUUAUUUUACUGUUUUGAAUUGAAAAAAAAAUCUUAUUAAAUCUGAUAAUUCUUUCAGAUUGGCAAGUAUGUUAUGGUAGAAAUUGAAAGAAAAAAAAACCUUUAUAAAUCUGUGAUGAUUAUCUGAUGAUUUUUUGUAAAACCUUCAUCUGUAUGUUUUUGUCAUUUCCUUGUUUAUGUUAAAAUCAAAAUGUGUGGCUGAACUUUACCCUAGAUGACAUACAGAAUAUAUCCAUAUUGGGACUGAAUAAAUUAUUCAUUGUAUUAUUUGCUCCUGUGAAAUACUGGAUUCAACUUGUAUACCAACAAAUCCAUUUUGGUUCUAAUGUGAGCAUGAAUUUUUCACAACUCAUUUAGAAAUACACAUAUUUGCAGAAUCAGGGCAUCUUGUUAAAGCUUUUAUACUUUAUGUUCAUGCAUACCACUGUUUUAUAGCUCUAAUUAUGUAGUGGACUUUACCCCAUUUUCUUUCAAUCUUGAAAUGUUAAGAUUUUCUUCAACAGCAAGAUGUGGAUAAAAUAUGAUUAUUAACUAUGCAGGGUUUUAGAUAAUGGGCGCUGGUUUGUUUUAAUUGUUAUAUACUAUAUAGAUGAAAAUUGCAUUAAAUGGGAGAAAAUGGUCAA